AUGACCACGACAAUCUACAAAGCUGCGGUCACGACCUUGGAUGAAGAUCUGGCGUCGCAGAUAAAAAGAAAGAAGGAGGUUAAAAUGGAAGCCGAGAGCCUAAGAAAAAGGUUGAACCUGCUUCGUUUGGAGGUACACGAAGGAAAGGCGAGAGAAGCAAAGAUAGAUAUUGAGACUGCCGUAUUGUUGGCCAGAAGUGCGGCACUUGAUGAGGAAUUGGCGACCCAUAGCAGCUUAAAGGGCGGAAAAUACCUCGCCCGUGGCCAGGAAGCAGAUAACAAUGGCCAUGACCGUGAAGUAAUUGAGGAGGACGAUGAGGAGGAAAUCGUCUACAAGCCUCCAUUUCCGACUCUGGCAGAUCACCCCUACUUCACUAGAUCAAAAGGUCCUGCAGAUUCCUUCCCUGGACCAAACGCAAAUACAACCAUGGGAGACAACAAUGAUGAAGUUAGCCUCACUGAUGUUGUGGUGGCUCAGCCCACCGUGGCAGAGCAAAAUGAGCUAAUUGCGCAACUGAUGCAGCAGAUAGCUGACAUGAGGGUCGAGAUGCAACGAAGGCAAGACACGCCUCCACCCGGGUUCGGCCCCAACUUUAUCGACGCAAGACCUCCUCUGUACUUCCCCUCGUCCAACUUGGAUCCAGCUCAGAACCACCCGUCGACACCCGUACACAACCCGUCCGGGAUAGAUAUGACAACCCAAAACCCCCAAUACGCUUCAGUCUCCUAUCAAACUCCCUCACCACUUCCAAACAAUCCUCCACAAAUGCCACCGCACCCCCAGAACACUCAAACAGCCCCACCACCCCAAAAUAAGAACCAAAAUCCCACCGCCUUCAAAUCCCAAACACCACAUCCCCACUUUACCCAAAAUACCAAUCCCCAAAACUAUCCACAAAACUAUCAAACUGCGCAGAACGUCCCGAGCCCUUCCAUAGCCCCACCCCUCCCAAAAAGAACCACAUUCCAAGUCCCCGUCCCGGCCGAGCAUGAGGUGCACGGUUCCGAGUUGUACCAUUACGAGGAGUAG